CACUGAUAGGCGGCACUGAUAGGUGGCACUGAUUGGCAGCACUGAUAGGUGGCACUGACUGGCAUUAAUAGGUGGCACUGACGGGUGACACUGAAAGGCAGCUCAGAUGGGCACUGAAAUGUGGCAUUGAUGUGGCACUGAUGGGCACUGGUAGGUGGCAUGGAUGAGCACUGACAGCUGGCACUGAUGGACACUGACAGGUGGCGCUGCUGGGGCUACACAGAUCAUCAGGGCACACUGAUCAUCAGUGCCCCGAUGAUCACUGUCAGUGUGACAGCUCGUGAGGAGAGAAAUGCAGAUAACCGGCAUUUCCCUAUUUACAUGCGAUCAGCUGUGAUUGGA